GACCCAUCUACUACCGAUCUACCCAAGCCCACCAAGAGCGCACGUGCUCGUCUUCCUCCUGGGGACGAACACGCAACAUAAGCUGGAACGCGCUGCCGCGAUCUCCCUUCGAUCUUCUCAAUCUCGAGCGUUUUUCUUCAAAUUAAGACCAGAAAAUUAAUACCCAUCCGUCCACGAACCGAUUCAGUGAAUGUGUUGUCAGUUUGCAUACUUUAUUGCCCCGGGAAACCGACGCGUCCUGAAUGCCGUCCGUCAGCAUCCACCAGUCGAUCUCCCUCCUCGGACUAUAAAAGGAGACUCCUACCGCGUCAUACUGUGUCUCUGCCCAUCCUCCCUCAUUCUCCUGUUGAAAUUUUUGUCUCUAAAUCCCUGUACAUCCCGUGCCAUGGCCGUCUUCCUCCAUCGUCCAUCGCCUUCAUUGUUGAAAGUGAGCUCGCUCCGAAGCUCCGUUCCUCGAUUACUUGGACCAGGAAACUCUUGUAAUUGCCCUUUGUAUCUUUGACAAGGUUGGGCGAUCACGGGAAGCCAUUGGCCGCGCCACCUCCGACGAUCGAUAUCGACGCCACUUCGUGCACUGCUCACUGCCGUUUGGAGACGCCCCGAAGACCUCCAAGGAGGUCAUCUACUUCUUCGCGACCUCUUAGACUUCUUCCACGACCGCAACUACCCCGCGGAGGACUUCCUCGCUGUUUUCCCCAGCUCCGGCGAACUACUUCGUACACCCUGGAAGAAAGAAAAAGAACAGGAGGAAGAGCAAGGAUGAAGCUAGAGGAAAAGGCAGGCUCGCUACUGGCACCUCUCAAAUUGUAAAAGGCAAGGCCACAGGUACACAUCAUGUGAUGUACCAUUGAGACCCGACUUAGCCAUGAGAAAGACACAUCACAGGAGUAAUAGGAGGUUUCCAGCUGAAGGAGAAGGACAAGCAGCUCCUGCACCACCAGCUCCAUCACAGCAUAGCACUCAAACUGAAGGCAGUGCAAGAAUUGGUGCUACUGGCACCAGAGGAGCUGCAAAAAGGGCUAGAGCUGCUGCUCCACCAGCUAGAGCUACUGCAUUCAAGCCUCCAAGGGCCGGUGUUACUGCAACCAGGGCAUCUACAAGCACUGCACCACCAACAUCAGCAAAGCCAGCAGGUACCAGAGCCCCAACACCUGCUAGAAGUGCUCCAGCAACCAGGGCAUCUACCAGCACUGCACCACAGCCAUCUGUUAGGCCAACUAGAACAACUGCAAGUACACUACCGGCAAGGUACACUCAAGGAAUUGACCAGGGCCAAAGUUCAAGGAGCAAAUUGACACCAGUCAGAGGAAGAGGGAAAGCAAAAGGGAGCAGGGUUAUGCAGUACUUCACAGCCUCAAGGGGUGCAAAUGCCGAGUGACUGAAAGAUGUCCAUGUUAAGUUAUUUUGCUGUUUUAAUUUGAACAGUUAUGAAGUGUGAUGUGGUACUUCUCUAAGACAUGUCAUUUGAAGUGGUAGUUCUCUGAGACAUAACUCUAUAUUUUGGUACUUCUCUGAGACAUGUAAUCUGAAAUGGUAUUCUGAACCUUAUAUGAAAUGCACUUCUGAACCUUAUAUGCAA